AGAGUUGCAACACUUGAAAACACAUAAGAAGAAGUUUUAAGAGCCGGAUCGUGCGCGCUUGCUUUUGUUUUCCCCUUUUCAUCUUGUCUUGCCACGCACCCACGCCCACGGACCCCCUCCCCUGCGCUGUCUCCCCUCACGCACGCACACAUCCACACCUCUCCACACUAUUCCUCGUGGAUGCUCGCCGCCGCCGGUCUACUUUUCUGGGCACUACCUGUGGAGGAGGAGGUUCCCCGGUUCUCGGUCCGUCUUCGGUUCCGGUGAUCGUGCAGACAGCGGCAGGAGCAGCCCCGUGCACCGGAGCGCCAUGCUGGGAGUGGACGCGUGUGAGUUCGGGGGCCAGGUGGUGGAGUUGCUGUGGAUCGCCAUGUGCUACAGAGGCCUGGUAGGUGAUGAAGACGAUGCUCCCGCUGAGACUGUGGCCUUCAAAACUCCGGCACAGAAGACUCUAGAGGAAAUCCGACGUCUGGACCAGGACGACGAGAGCCUGGUCCGAUACAAGAAAACUCUACUGGGAGUGACCUCAAGCCCCCAAGGUGACACCCCCAACGUGCAGGUGCUCAGUAUGACAUUGUUGUUCGACGAGGGCUCACCGCCGCUCACCAUGGACCUAACAGGGAACUUGAGCAAUCUACCAGUGUUUACCUUAAAGGAGGGAGUGCAGUUCAGAAUAAAGAUCGUUUUCAAGGUGAAUCACGAGAUCGUUUCUGGAUUAAAAUACUAUCAUGUAACCUCAAGAAAAGGACUGAACGUGGAUAAAGAAGCUUUCAUGGUGGGCAGUUAUGGACCACGGGCCGAGGAACAGGAGUUUAUUUCCAGCGUGGAGGAAGCUCCCAAAGGCAUGAUUGCACGCGGCCACUACACCAUCAAGUCUCGCUUCAUUGAUGAUGACAAGAACGUGCAUUUGGCUUGGGAGUGGGGCUUUGAUAUCAAAAAAGACUGGGAGUGAAUAGGGGAAAAUAACCUCUCCUUUGUCAAAUCUUAACUCCAGCAGGUAGGUUACUGUAACAUGCAAAUGGGACUAUGGCAGUAUGUUUAAGCAUUUCCUUUUUCACUAGAAUUGGUGAUAGACAAUAAGGUCAAUUUAGGGACUGUAUAAACAGCUUUUUAGGGUCAAUGAUGUCAAAAUCCCUCACUGCUUUUCUGUGCAGUUGAAAUACUUUGUUGUAUGCUUUUUGCAUCAAGGCUUGUGUUUUCAUUCCUCAAUAUAAUUUUUCAUUGUAAUGGAAGAAGAGAUCAUAUUAAUUCCAGGGUUACGGUGAAAAUCUAUUCUGUUUUGGAAACAGUAUUUUUGGAUGUUUGCUUCUAAAGCUUUGGUCGUUGGAAAUCUGUCUAUACUGUAGAGAGAUAUGCAUGUAAUUAGUUGAAAUCGGAUACAAUUUCCUCAAUAAAUCUUAAUGAGCCCUUUGAAAAGGUUUCCUAGACAUGUAAUGUGAAUACAACACAGCUUAUAAUAAACACUUUAAUAGAAAAUGUUAACAACCGGAGCUCCUUUCCCCUUUAUAAACCAAUUAUCUGUGUUAAUUAUUUGAAUAUGAUAUUGUCACAUUGCUAAACAUUAAAUAUGAAAAUCACAUUGGAACAUACUGUAAUUGUUGGCUUGUUGGGUGUUGCAUGGUUUAGUCGGGUUCUCUCACUUUUUACAUGUUUAUUGUAAAAUUGAUGUGAUGAAAAUAAGACCAGUGGCUUACAGGAAAAAACAUUUGUGUGUCUCCUGCCUCUCACUGUAAAAACUGCCACUGUCAGUGUCAAUUAUGUAUUAUGUAUCUUUUAAUAAAGGCUACCAACCAA